CUCCGGGGUUCGCGGCACAGACCUUCCCGCCUUGCAUCUCGCACUUCUGGCGAUCCCUUGUUCAGCCAGGGAAGUUCGUCCCAGCGGCACUCGCCGGCGAUCAAGGCCCAGUGAAACUCCCAGGAAUCAGACCGCAGUCUGAUCUCCGGGCAGCAAGGGGUGGUCCGCUAUGGACUGUCUUACGGUUUCGGGAUGGCCCGGCCCCGCCCCGCAUCCCCGCCCCGCAUCCCCGCCCCGCGCGCGCGCGCGGUGCCGCCGGGAGAUGCAGUUCCCUGAGCCGGUCCUCGGCUCCGCUCGUCCUCGCGUCCUCCCGCCCUCCCGCCAUGCUCUGCGCCUCUGGCCGCCUCCUAGCGGCCCGGACGGCGACCUCGCUCCCCGCCCCGCCUAGAGGCCGGGGCCCUGCACUCCGCUGCCCGCGGAGGGAACUACAUUUCCCAGGGAACCCCGAUCCGCCCUCUUGGGACUGCUUGGCUGGGCGCCUGACGAGAGCUAGCGCUUCUCCGCACCGGAGGGUCAUUCUGAGGAGGGGGAGGAUGCCGCCGGCCGUGGGCAGAGGUCUGGCAGGGUCCGAGCUGCGUCUCCGGAGGAGCCGCUGUGGGCCCCGGGCUGCGGGCCGGGACGUGGCCAUCCAGGCCGCAGCGCGAAGCCCGAAGCGGCCGGCUCCGGGCUCGUGGCGCUUCGAGGUGGCGGGCCGGCGGGCAAUGCUGGCCUUGGUAACGCUGCUGUCCUUCGCCACUCGCUUCCACCGUCUGGACCAGCCGCGGCACAUCUGUUGGGAUGAGACUCACUUUGGAAAAAUGGGAAGUUACUAUAUCAACCGCACCUUUUUCUUUGACGUGCACCCACCUCUGGGAAAGGUGAGCAGUGUGAUGCUGAUAGGUCUUGCAGGCUACCUGAGUGGAUAUGAUGGCACCUUUUUGUUCCAGAAGCCAGGAGACAAAUAUGAGCAUCACAGCUACAUGGGAAUGAGAGGAUUCUGUGCAUUCCUUGGUUCCUGGCUGGUCCCCUUUGCCUUCCUCAUUGUAUUGGAUCUGUCCAAUUCCCUCCCAGCAGCACUGCUCACUGCCGCCCUUCUCACCUUUGACACAGGAUGCCUCACUCUGUCCCAGUAUAUCCUCCUUGACCCCAUCCUGAUGUUCUUCAUCAUGGCUGCCAUGCUGAGCAUGGUCAAGUACCGCUCCUGCGCUAACAGGCCUUUCUCUGCCCCCUGGUGGUCCUGGCUCAGCCUGACUGGCAUCAGUCUUGCUUGUGCUUUAGGGGUCAAGUUUGUUGGCCUCUUUAUCAUCCUCCAAGUGGGCCUGAACACCAUUGCAGACCUCUGGCACCUGUUUGGAGACCUCAGUCUUUCACUGGUCACUGUGGGAAAACACCUGAUGGCUCGCGUCCUGUGUCUCAUAAUACUGCCGCUGGUGCUCUACAUGGCCAUUUUUGCUGUUCACAUCAUGGUGCUGAAUAAAAGUGGUCCUGGUGAUGGUUUCUUCAGUUCUGCCUUCCAGGCCCGGCUUUCAGGGAACAACCUUCACAAUGCUUCCAUUCCCGAACAUCUGGCUUAUGGCUCUGUGAUCACAGUGAAGAACCUCCGGAUGGCCAUUGGCUAUCUGCACUCCCAUAGGCACCUCUACCCCGAGGGCAUUGGUGCCCGUCAACAACAGGUCACCACCUAUUUGCACAAGGACUACAACAACCUGUGGAUCAUCAAGAAACAUAAUACAAACUCAGCAGAUCCCCUAGACCCUUCAUUCCCAGUGGAGUUUGUGAGACAUGGAGACAUCAUUCGACUAGAACACAAAGAGACUUCUCGGAACUUGCACAGUCACUACCAUGAGGCUCCCCUGACCCGAAAACACUAUCAGGUCACCGGCUAUGGCACAAAUGGGACAGGGGACUCAAAUGAUUUCUGGCGGAUUGAGGUUGUAAACAGAAAAUUUGGGAACCGAAUCAAAGUGCUAAGAAGUCGAAUUCGCCUCAUCCAUCUGGUCACAGGUUGUGUCCUGGGUUCCUCAGGAAAGGUUCUACCCAAGUGGGGCUGGGAGCAGCUGGAAGUUACUUGUACUCCAUACCUGAAACAAACCCUCAACUCCAUCUGGAAUGUGGAGGACCAUAUCAAUCCCAAAUUGCCAAACAUCAGUCUGGAUGUGCUGCAGCCAAGUUUUCCUGAGAUCUUGCUGGAGUCCCACAUGGUCAUGAUCCGGGGGAACAAUGGCCUUAAGCCCAAGGACAAUGACUUCACAUCCAAACCCUGGCACUGGCCCAUCAAUUACCAGGGCCUGCGCUUCUCAGGGGCAAAUGACACAGACUUCAGAGUCUAUCUGCUCGGCAACCCGGUGGUUUGGUGGCUGAAUCUGGUGAGCAUUGCCCUCUACCUCCUCUUGGGAAGCAUCAUUGUUGUCGCCAUGCAGAGAGGGGCACAGCUGCCCACAAAGGUGGAAGGGCUGACUCGGGUCCUGCUGCAAGGAGGUGGCCAGGUGCUGCUUGGCUGGAUGCUGCAUUACUUCCCAUUCUUCCUGAUGGGCCGGAUCCUCUACUUCCACCACUACUUCCCAGCCAUGCUCUUCUCCAGCAUGUUGACAGGCAUUCUGUGGGACACACUCCUGCGGCUGUGCGCCUGGGGCCCAGCCUCCUCUUCCCUGGCCAGGGCUGUACAUGCAGUGGGAAUCCUGAGCCUGCUCCUGGGAGCUGCCUACAGCUUCUACCUCUUCCACCCCCUGGCUUAUGGGAUGGUUGGUCCUCUGGCCCAGGAUCCCAGAAGUCCAAUGGCAGGACUAAGGUGGCUGGAAUCGUGGGAGUUUUGAGAGCAUUACAAGGACGCCUGUCUGGGUCCAGGAAUUUCCUGGGGGCAGCCAGCUCUGGAACCAGUCCCAGGACCCUUCUGGCUGCAGGGGAGCUAAGGAACCAGAAGAAUUCUGCCGCUACUAGCACCAAGCUCCAGGAGCAAAAAGGAUUUGACCCAGCACUGCAGAGCCACAACCCCGUCUACAGCACCUACAGAAUCUCUCUCCACUUGGUUCCCUAAGUGUGCAGCCCAGGGGAGAAUGAGUGUGCAAGAGGGUGGUUGUGAGUGUGGGAGUGUGUAUGUGAGGUUACAUUUGUCAAAUCCCUGUGGAAUACAGACCGUGUGACUAAACAGCCAAGUGUCAUAAACACUAAGAAACAGUCCAGGGCUACAGUAGUGUUUUUGGAUAUUUUUUUAUACUGGAUUUGGUUUGAUUUUGGAUUAUGAAAUCUAUAAAAAAUUCUCUGAUCUCUAAGAGGCCUGAGUGCUGACCCCACCUUGGGAUGUCACCAGGAACAGAGUAGAGGGAACCAUCAAAACAGUGCUACCCUCCCCACCACCAAAAGAAUCUAGCUGAGGAGAACAAGCACCUGAGUUGGAGAACUUACCCCCUGCUGUUUCGUGGGGUAUUAUCUGUGGCCACAGGUAGUUGGACUGCCUGCCAGUGCUGUGCAGAGAACUGGGCUCCAGGGAGCAAGGUGGCGCUGGCUUUCAUUAGCCCUUGUCUCUGUUCUCCGGGAAUGUCACACUGAGCUUGGUCAGAGGAACUCUCUCCUAACCUUGCCCACUCCAAGUACCCAGGCCCUGUGUGUCAGAGAUUGUUUCUUGCUGUUCAUCUCUUUCCUUCUGCAUCCACCAUGACCAUGAGAGCUGAGCCAGAUGUAUUGUGCUUGCUGGGAGACCCUCUGGGGAUCUGAACAGUGGAAGCAGAUGAGAGUCAGAGCAGGGACUUUGUGGCACCAGGCUGGGAUCCCAGCAGGAUGCCAAGGUGUGGGGUACUCUGGACUGUCUGGACUAGUGGUCCUGUCCCCUGCUGGGAUGCCAGUUUCACUUCUGCCUUCCCCUGCUGACAUUCCCUUCACUCCAUUGGUAUCCCCUUUCUCUGUCACUGCUGCACCAGUCUCUUUUCCCCAAAGACCAGAGCUCCUAGAGAUACAUGACAGCUUCUACUGUCUGCUACUGUGAAGCACAAACAAGGAGCUCAGAGCUGCUUCUUCCACGUCCUCCCUGGCGGGAUUAAGAAAACUUCUGGGUCAGAACCAGUCCGACCCAGGGCCAGCCCUUCACUGCAGGACAUGUCUCCUUCCUCUCAGGACAGGACAGAAUGUUCAUUUUGUCUCAGAGGACUUUGAUGCUUCACGGUUUAAUGAUUAAUUUCUGCCACACUCCAUAUUCCUUCUGUUGCAGCUCCCAACAACUCUGACAGGGUCAGAGCUCUUUAAAGCAUCUCCAGGAGGCGGUUGCCACGGAGACUGGAAAUUGGUGUCAGGGACAGGCUGUGCUACCUAUUGAGUGGUGAGGAGGGAAGCUUCUGGGCCAUGCUUGGACAUUUAGACCAUUAAUGUUAAUAAAGGAAAUGCAGCCUCGUGAAAAAUAAGGCAGGGCGGUUAAUUAGAUCUGAGGCCCAUGACCUCCCUCUCCCAGUGCUGCAGCCUUUCUGACUUCCCCCAGCAGGAAGUGCCGCCUGUGUGCUGAGUCUGGGCUGCUUGCUUAAUUGCAUUUCUGGCGAGGAGGAACAGCAGAAAUGGAGAAGCUCUGUGUACACCCAUCUCUUCCCCAGCCUUCCUACCUACCCACAGGCAGAGUUGUUUUCUUCUGAGCUGGGUGGGGACCAUCUGGAUGGGCUCUCUUAGGGGUAGGAUGCUGGAAUCUGUGCGUGGCUCUUAGCAAAGAAGGUGGUGCACGAUGACAUCCCAGGGGUGGCUGAUUUUCUUUUGUGCCUUCUCAUUUCCCAAGAGGAACCUGUUGGAGGGAGGGGCUCUAAAGGAGUCAGCAGGGGCAGCCUCCAGAAGGGUGAGGAAAGAGGGCUUGGCCAGCUCUCCCCCACCCCCUUCCCUUCUGAUUGACCAUACUGGGGACAAGAGCUUCUUCUACUGCUUUUUAAGAAUGGAAGAGAGAGAACUUACCACUCCUUCCUCCAUGCCCAAGUUGCCAGACACUUCUCUGGGGACAAGGAUACAUCGGGUGAUGCUGCUCUGUGUGCUCGGUUUUUGUCAUUUGAAGGUGCUGGGGAGAGAGGCUGGCAGGUUGCUGCUCUGAAUAUGGGCUGCAGCCCUCCAGAAUUUGCAGAAAUGUGACAUGUCCCACAAACUGCUAGGGGAGGAAGAAAUUGUCAGGCAGCACAGUCUCCAGCCAGCACCUUGAGCCACAUUUUAUUUUUUAAAAAAUGGUUUCCAGAGAUAAUUGGAGGCCGGUUACUUUUGUAAUAAAUAGCUCUUGUUUUGAAUGA